GCGGAACCAGAUGAAACAAGCCCAGCAUAAUACUCCUCUGUAAUAUUCUUAUAUACUCAUAGGCCGGAGACGCAGAAUCUUGGAAGGCUGAGCGGCGGCUGCUGGCCGGAGAAUAUGGGAUCUGCCGAUCAUGGAAUGGAAGCACUCUUCGACGACAAAAAGCGCGCGAGGAACCCUCUUGUUCCUAUCGGUGCACUUGUGACUGCAGGAGUGCUAACUGCGGGUUUAAUUAGUUUCAGGCAAGGGAAUUCCAAAUUAGGCCAGAAGCUCAUGAGAGCUCGUGUAGUUGCACAAGGUGCCACGGUUGCAUUAAUGGUCGGGACUGCUUACUAUUAUGGCGACAACUUCAAGCGUGCUUGACAGUUAAUUUUACUUCAAAGCAGCAACCUCUGAAAGUCAAUUCUUUUCUGCCCUUUUGGGAUUUGGUUACAUAUGGUUCUUGCAAUAAACCAAGCAGAUGCAGUCUUUGUAUCAUAACAUAGAUUCUUGAUUUGGGUGAUGUUUAUCUUCAUGAUAUAUACACGAACGAACACAACGAUCAGUGUAUUUCAUCUGAGUGGUAUGACUAAUACCUUGAGCAAUUGAUUUCCAUGGGAAGUUCUAUUCUUUAUUAUUCUUUUUGGCUACUCUAUCAGGUAACCUC